UGUGCAUUUCGUUGCAUUUUGUUGCAUUUAGUAUAGUCUUUAGCUCUUUACUCAAGCAUUGCGACAAGAAAGAAGGAUUGAAUAAUCUGAUAAACAAUGCACACGAAAAGACAUUGCAGAAAAGAAUAAGAAUUAAGCUCAAUGCAGAAUACAAGAGCGGUCUCGUCUUAUCUUCUUUCUAAUUUUUCUUAUCAUGCUAUUAGGUUAAACAUGCAUGCUUUGGAUAAUCAGAUUAUCAACAUGCAUCGUCAUUAUACAGAAUAAUAUUUUAGUGUGCACGUGACCUCAGCAUAGUGGAUUAACAACGAUGCAUGUUGCACGUGCUGCCAUUAGUCUACUGCUUUUAACUGAAGCUGUACAUGUUGAGCAAAAACAAAAACACUGGCACACAGUUAACAGCUAAAUUCCCUAUGUUGAUAUAUUUUGUUGACCCACCAGUGAUUAUGUCAGACUGUUCAGUGACACAGUGGCAUGACAAUACACCAGAUUCAAUGAAACCCAAUAUUUAACAUUAGCUAAAAGUUUCCUAAUUGGCUAAGCUUCCCAAUACCACAGAAUAAGAUGCAGAUGUGAUUAAUUGUGCUGCAGUAUAAUUGGCUUGCACUGUGUUUAUGCACUUAUUUGAAGCAGUUUUUAUAAGUGUAUCUGUGAAACUAUUUUUGUAGACCCUGGUGACUGAGUUUUUCAGAGCAAUGAUCUUUUUGGAGCAAGAGGUUUACUGACAGUGUUACUGACCAGAAUUUAUGAGCUAUAGUGAACCACACUUUCCAGCUUUAAUAUAAAAGGCACAUUUGUGGUUUCUUUUGUUUUGCACCAACCCUAUCUAUGUGAACUUUGACCUGUACAUUUGCAAGCCUCUGUCUUUUGGGUCAAUAGAAAACAAAACGGGAAAAACCCCAUAAUUGUGCAUUUCUGUGACCGUAAAAAUGUCGUCCAAUAAUAAUAAUAUUGUAAUAAAAUGAAUAUAAUUUCGACAUUGCCCAAAUUAUUAUUGUUGUAACUGUUUACCACAAAGUGCUCGAGUUGAAAUGAAAACGAAUAUGUCAAAGUGCAGACUUUCAGCUUAAAUUUUUUUAACACACACACACACACAGACACACACACACACACACACACCAACUAUAUGGCCACAAAGUAUGUGUAUAAGUAUAUGGACACCUGACCAUCACACCCAUACAGUGCUCUCCACUAAUAUUGGCACCCUUGGUAAAUAUGAGCAAAGAAGGCUGUGAAAAUUUGUCUUUGUUGUUUAACUUUUGAUCUUUUGUUAAAAAAAAUCACACAAAUACUCUGCUUUCAUGGAUAUCAAACAAUUGCAAACACAACACUAGUUUAUUUUUAAAAAAAUAAACUUUGUUAAAUAUAGGUGUGGAACAAUUAUUGGCACCAGUAUGAAUUGAUAUGAGAAAAUAUAUUUGAAGUAUAUUCCCAUUGAUAUUUUACAUGUUUUUAGUACACCUGGGUGACUAGGAACAGGAGAUUGUUCAACCAUGACUUCCUGUUUCAUGUUUGAAGCACACAAUUGUCUAGAAUGUCUUGGUAUGCUAUAGGUUUAAGAUUUCCCUUCACUGUAACUAAGUGGCCCAGGCUUCAAUUGCAAAACUCCAAGACAGGUGUUUUUUGGGGGGUUUUUUGUGAUUGUUGCAGCCAAAAAUGCUUGAUUUCAAAAUUUGCCAUACAACUUGCUGAGGGUUUUUUUUUUUUUUUUGCAGAAAACUACUUGAAUUGAUGAAAUUACAAUUGCACAAAAUUGUUUUGCACUGUCUUUCACAGUGAUGUUCGUCGGUAAAUGAGACCUGUUAGCGGUGCUCAUGUUCGACGCGCUUGAAUCGAAGAGGGCUUUGGCUGAAUGCGCGUUGUGAUCAUUUCGCAUGACGCGUCUUGGCCCGAAUCUGCGAUAAUUUAGAAAAGUUUCAAGCUCCUCAGAAUAUUGCGGAGUUUGCUUGAUUUUACGUUAAUUUCUGUGAUCGCAAAAUCGCGUAAUCCUGGAGGGACUGAAACCUGUUCCAGCAUGAUAAUGCCCCUGUGCACAAAGCGAGGUCCAUAAACAUAUAGUUUGCAUAUGAUGAUGUGGAAGAACUGCACAGAGCCCUGACCUCAACCCCACUGAACACCUUUGGGAUGAAUUGAAAUAUCAACCCCAGGUCUCCUCACCCAACAUCAGUGCCUGACUUCACUAAUGCUCUUGUGGCUGAAUGGAUAAAUCCGCACAGUCAUGCUCCAAAAUCUAGUGGAGAGCCUUCCCAGAAGAAUGGAGGCUGGAAUGAGAUGUUUAACAAGCGCUUAUGGGUGUGAAGGUCAGGUGUAGAACUGUAGAAGUUUUAUAGGAGAGAUUGGGGUACCUCAGACAAAAGAUUUUGCAUUUCCAUCCUUCACACAAAAACGGAUUCCAGAGAUGCUUUCUUGCUCUUUCAGCCUCAAGAGAAGGAGAAGAGAAGAGACGUUGAACUGAGCAUUUGACUCCACUAAAUCAUCACAUGCUGUAAUGCCACAGUCCAACGAGCUUCAUGUUACUAUUUGCCCAAAAGCGAAACGGCCUAAACCUAUUUGUAUUGGCCCAGACAAGUAUAAAUGCCAGUUCUGCAACAGGAAGGGGGAAUAUGCGGCGCUUGUGGCUCAUAUACAAACUCAUGAGAAAACAGCGAUUGAAUUUCAAGAGAAAAAAAUCUACAAAUGCAACCUAGGAUGCAGUAAAAGCAGCCACUACCAUUGCUGCUCCUGCAAGAAGACUAUAAUCUCACGAAAUUACUUCACUGAGCAUAUACACAAGUGCGGAUUGUCCAUAAACAUGCAGGUGUCCUCGCUGUGUAGUUCUUCGAUGGUCCCCAGCACUACAACAGCAUCGUGUAAUACCUCUGCCCCUCUAAUCAACACCUCAGUACCUAUACGCAGUGACAAUAAUGGCUCAGACCCUCAGUGCAGUGAAGACAGUGUCACAGGGAGCCUGAAUGUCCUUGACAUUAAAGUCAAGUCAGCCAGUCCUCCAUCUUUGCCUGGUUCUUUGACUGCCCCAGUUACACCCUCUUACAGCCAGGAUAUUCUUAUGUCUGUGAACCCAACCCAUAAUAUCUGUGCUGGUAGCCUCAAAGUACUGACAUCAAGGCCCAAAAGAAUCACGUGUUGCUUCUGCAAUUUGAUUCUGAACAAGAAAAACAUCAAAGUGCACAUUCAAAGACGACACAUGUCUGCUAAUCCAGACUUGCUGCAAACGAAUGGACUAAGCCAUACACAUGCUGCCUCUGGCAACAUGGAGGACCUGAUAGCAGAAGGCAUUACACUCAAAAUGCUUAAUGAUGCUCGGGAGACAGUCAUGGGAAGCCCUUUGGGAGUGAUCAAAACACCCAUGAUCCUCUGGAGCCAGACCACACUGCCACUCCAUGUGCCUUGUAACGCCUAUCUGAAGUUGGAGAACAUGCAGAAGACUGGGUCAUUUAAGAUUCGAGGUGUAGCAAAUCAGUUCGCCCGAAGAUCCAGUGGCGGCCAUUUUGUCACAAUAUCUGCUGGGAAUUAUGGGAAAUCCUUUGCCUAUGCCUCUAAACACUACAGAACUAAAGGCAAAGUGGUGAUGCCUGAAACAUCUUCUAUCUCCAGAGCUCUGCUAAUACAAAGUUUUGGCAUCGAGGUUGAACGAGUGCCGACCCCGUGUCUUAUGGAUGUCGUCAAUCGAUGUGUUCAAGAGGAAAAAAUGACUUUCCUUCAUUCCUACAAUGAUCUGGAUCUCAUAACAGGGCAUGCCAGUGUGGGGUUUGAGAUCCUGGAGGCGCUUCCUUAUCCUGAUGUGGUAGUAGUGUGCUGUGGUGGAGGGGGAUUACUGGCUGGAGUAGCAGCAGCCAUUAAGCUUUCAGGUUGUGAAGACACAAGAAUUUACGGAGUGGAACCAGAAGGAGCAUGCACCAUGUACAAAAGCUUCAUUGAGAAAAAACCGGUUGGAAUGGACAGCAAAAGCAUUGCUUCUGGUCUUGCACCACCAUUUGCAGGUGCCCUGCCAUAUGCAUUGUGUCAGAAGUAUGUGGAGGAGAUAGUGUUGGUGACUGAUGAUGAAAUCAAGUCUGCCGUUUCUGCUCUCUACAAAGCCGGUCUAGUUGUAGAACCCUCAGGAUCUGCUGCCUUCGCUGCCCUCGUUAACAACAGAAUACCAGACAUUACUGGCAGGAACGUUGUGGUGAUCCUGAGUGGAGGGAACAUCGGCAAAGAUGAGCUUACCAGUUUCCUGAACUGAUUUACACAAUACCGCUUUCUUCGAUUAUCUUUAUCUGUUUAAAGAUUUUUCAGGAGUAGAUGAAGACCCAGAUCAUUACAUUUCAUAUAUGGAAAACACUAAAGGCAAAUAAGUUGGUUGCAUAAUAAAAUAACUCUUUUCAAA